CUUUCUUCGUCUUCUUCCGCCCACGGAAAGCAUGACGCUCCGGCUGUCCUUCGGUCCUGCGCGGUCGCGAGUCGCAGCGGUCGAGUCGCAGCGCAGCGGCGAUGGACCCCUUUGAAAAUGCAGCGCUGGAUCCAUGGUCCGGGAAAUCUUUAGGAGAAGUCGAGAAGCCCGAGGGCUUUGACGCCUUCUGGCAUGAGCAGGAGGCCGUCCAGCGUGGUGAGAAGGAGCCACCUCCAGACCUUUUGGCUGGAGGGGAGGAGACUGGGAAGAAGGGCAAGGGCAAGGGCAAGGGCAAAGGCGGCAAAGGACGCCGGAACUCGCGCUACAACGUGGUCGCGAGGCCUCCGCCCCGUGCGCGUCCCAGUCAUUUCGUCGCGAUCCGGCUCUUCUCGCGGAUGAUCCGUCGAAAUGUGCAGCAGAUGCAGCAGUGGUUCAUCGCCAAGAACCCCUUAUUUGAGCAGUGCCUGGUGCCGGUGAGGCGCUUGCACAGCUCCUUGCUGCUCACGGCCAUUCCGCCGGAGCGCCGCGGCGAGGCGCAGGAGGCCUGCCAUGAAGCAGGAGAAGAGAUCCGAGACUUUCUCGGGGAUCAACCGGUGAAGAUCGUCGCCAGCGGCAUCAGCUCCUUCAAUGGCCAGAUCCUCUUCACGCGGCUGCGCACCGAGCCGCACGACAUGCUGCAAGCCAUCCACGACGCGCUCUCGAGCGCCUUCAUGCGGCAUGGCUUUCCGGUGCUGGACGAGAGCGCGAAGUCGUGGCUGGAAGAGGGAGAGGAGCCGCACGACUUCAAGGCGCACGCGUCCUUCAUCAAGGUCUCGAAGGCGAUGGCCCACGCCAAAUCGGAUGCUGAUAAGCGCAAGUUCCGAUCCCUGCGUCUCGCGUCCGACGAUCUGGACGCGUGGCGCGACGUGUUCUUCGGCACGCAGAUCUGCACGGAGUUUGAGCUGCUGGACAUGAUUGGAUCGAGCCGUGAUGGCUACUAUCCGUGUUUGCAACUGGAGCACUUUCAUGACCGGACCGUCAUGGUCUCAGAGCCCAACCUCGAUGUGAGUCUCGCAGCAGGUCCCGUGCGCACGGCGAAGCUUCGGGUGGAUCAACAGGCGGGUGCUGGGCUGCAGCUCUCGGCCUGCGAGGCUGGAUACCUCGUGGAGGAGCUGGACCCUUGGCCCGGCCAGUCGGACCUCCGCGCCGGCGAUGUGAUCGUGGCCAUCGGCGAGGAGCUGCUCAUUGGCCUUUCCGAGGCCAAAGUGGAAGAGGAGUUUGGCAAACACUUUGAAAAUGGUGCCUUGACCAUCGUGGGCCCCCUGGAGCUCUUGCAACAGAUGCCCCUGGACCACGUGCGCCGCGCCGCCAACCGCUUGCUGCGCCCCUGGCGCGACGACCGCGGCAGCGUCGGCAGCGUGGGGUCGGUGCUGGUGACCUCGCCCGCGGGCGUGCCGCGGGGCAAGCGCCACCGCUUCCGCGUGACGGCGCAGGAGUUCCGGCCGGAUCCACUGAACCAACCCGGGGGUGAUCCCUGGGCGAAUGCCGCAGCGAAAGGCUAUGUCUAUCCCGAAUACACCGGUUGGGGUACCAAGUUCAAGAAGCGCAAGGCAACGGUGGUCGAUUCCUCGCGUUUCCUGUCGAAGCCCAAAGCAGUGCACGUGGACGAGCACGGCUUCUUCGAGAACAAGGAGUUGACCAAGGUGCAUCAACGGCUGCAUCAGAGUUUGCGGCGGGCCAACUCACAGGAGAAGGUGCUGAGCAUCAUCAAAGAGGAAAAAGGCCUCCUGAGCACCUCCAACCGCGUCGUUGCCCUGACUCGCCUGGCUUCCUUGGAUCGCAGCGCUGAAUGCACCAGGGAUCCGCGCGUGGAUGAGCUCUUGAAGGAUCUCUUGGAGGACUUGGAGGCCAUCGAAGAGUCUCAAGUCACUUUGCCUCCACCGACCAUGGCGAGCUUGGCACUUGGCAUGGCUCGGCUGGGUUUGCGCCACCCGGAGAUCUUCCGUUGUCUGGGACAAGUGGUUCGGCGUUCUGGGCUUUGGAGCUUCGCGGACAACGAGGCCGCGUCGCUGCUGGAGGGCUUCUCGCGCGCCCGGCGCUGCGACGAGGUCCUCUUCCAGGAGGCAAGUCGGCUGAUCAUGGCACGGAUGGAUUGGAUGGAGCCCAAAGCGCUGACGACGAUGAUGACGGCCUUCGCGUGUGCGAACCUAGCCAUUGAAACGCUCUUUUUCGCCGUGGGCGACUGCGUGCUCCGGCGCAUCGAGCACGGCGAGGCCUGGAGCUUGCGGCCGCUGGCGGAGCUGGCCGACGCCUUCGCGCGCGUGCGCAUGCGGCACGCGCUGCUGCUGGACGUGGUGCCCGGCCGCUGCGAGAAGGCCAUCCCGUCGGUGGAGGCGCUGGUGCUGCUCUUCUCCGCCUACGUGGACUCGCGGCAGGGCUUCGGUCCGGCCGAGCUGCGCGACGCGUUGGCGAGGCAACUGCUGGAGCGGCAAGGAGAACUCAGUGCCACCUUGAUGCGGCGCCUGCUCCAAGCCGCCGCGCGGGCCCGUUGGCCCAGCCAUGCUUUGCUGGAGGCGGCUUCGCAGGUCGCGCUGCGAGAGCCCAGCACCUUUGAGAUCGAUGCCAUGUUCGACUGUUUCCUGCAGUUGCGGGUGGUGCCGCCCGCGGAUUUCCCCAUCAGCGCGGAGAAGAAGAAGCAGCGAGAAGAGCGACUGAAGGCGAGAGAAGAGAGGCAGAGGCGCUGGAAGGAGAAGCAAGGUGAGGGCGCUGAGGGAGAGGUGGAAGCUCUGGAGGAGGCGUCGCUGCCAGAUCAUGCGCUUCGCACUUGCCGUUUGCGUGUGGAGCGUGAUGUUGGAGCUGGCUUGGUGGGUUCGGAUCUGGAGUUUCUGGCUGGAAAACCAGACCAUCACAGCGCACGGGUUUCGCUUUGGACGCCGAGUUGGGCCGGUCCCGUUCCGCAGCUUCCGAACGCCUUGGGGUUCCAACCCGAGGAACUGGAGGCCUGCGGCGCAGGCUACCUGGUGGUGGAUUGCUUGGCGCCCGAGCAGAGCCUCCGCUGUGGGGACAUCAUCGUGGCCAUCGAGCGUCGCGUGUUGAUCGAUCUGAGCGAAGAGGACGUGGAAGAGAACUUCGGCGCCGAGUUCUGCGAUGGAGCCGCUUUGGUGGUCGGCACCUUCGAGGAGUUGCAGCACUUCUCCCUGCGGAGCAUUCGCCGCAAGGCCUCCGACCUGGCGGGCGGACGCGCGGACGCGCCCGAAGCCAGUCCAGCCGGUCCAGCCGGGCCGGGAGCGACGGGAUGCGAAGGUCCUCCUUCAAAGCUCUGCAGUCCCCGCGCGCCGCGCUCAGCCGCGUCGGCCGCCGGCGCCGCGGCGAGCAGCACGGUGACAGAGCCGGUGGCAGAGGUGCCGAGGGCGGUGCGCGGCCGUCGAGGCAAACAUGGAGUCAGAAGCACUCUGGAGGAGAAUGAAGGGAGCAGAGAGGACGUGGAGAGGAAGAGAACAGCUGACACAAACACAGGUGACAGAGAAGGAGACAAAGAAAGGAGGAACGAGCCCAAAGGAGCAGGUUCGACUGGCUCGAUGGAGAAGAAGUCGUACUACCAAGCACCAGCCAAAGGCCAAGGCUCAGGACAGCGGGUUUGGCGGCCAAAGGUGUGAGGGAGGGAGGAAGCUCUUCAACGUGGUGAUCGCGACCAAGAGAGGUAGCCAGUGACCCAACGACUAGGACCCGGAACACCUGGGGUAGUCGAACAGUCAGGUCCUGACCCACCUCUGGUCCGGGACGUGUACAGAAGUCUGUCCUUUCACGAAGGUUUUCUUCGUGCGCUUCGUCGCCGGCCCGGAGAAGAAAAAGGAUCGAAGCCCAGAAACCACCCAUUCAUUGGGUAUGUCAUGGGCAUGGCGCGGCAUGUUCUGGCAUGGCUCAUGGACUCAUGGCAAGUUGAAGAUGUGUUGAAGAGAUUCUUCUGAACUCAGAAAAAACUCCCUAGAAGUCCUGGCCCACCCUUGUUUUAAUCGCCGGGUCAUCCCGAACCACCGACGCUGUUUCACUCAUAAGUGUUUGACACGAACCGGGUCACCAGAUCAGUCCCAUGUCAAAAACUGGUCUUUCCUGGACUUCCAAAGGGGUGCCUUUUUGUGGGGGAUACGGGGGCUUUGGUCGCGGGGUUGGCGCUGUGCGGGCGGGCGGAGAGGGAAGCGGAAAGUUGGGCUGUGAGCGGCUGGCAGGUAGAGCAGAUGGGAUGAGUCUUCGACGGUGAGACCUCUUUGAUCUCUUGUCUGUCAUCUCAUUUGACAACACGAAGCGGGAUGACACCCGAUCCAAAAGCCGAAACAUUCAGAACAACAACCCGAAAGUUGAAGAAGAACGAGCCGAACCCCGAAAUUCAUCACAAAAAACUCCAUAUAACUUGUUGAUACAGAACACAUCAGAACACUCCAAAUUCAGAACCACACCCGAACACCGUG